AUGGCUUCAAAUCUAAAAGGACGUGGUAGUCAAGCUACACCCGCAGAAAUAUCAUUAAUUCAUCUAAAGAAUUGCUUGGUUAACUUACCUUCAUCAUUAUCUUCAUUACUGGUUAACAUCAAUGCUCUUGCACAAAAUGUAAUUGUAGAAUUAAACUACCGACUCCCACCGCCGCAAGGCCCAAAUCAAACGAAUGGCGCUCCUAUUCAACGAUCCAUCUUCGUGGGAUGGACAGGUAUGCAAAGCAAGCGCAAGCUUGCACCUAUCGUAGGGAGAGACGGUAUAAGUGGCGGUAGAGGAUCUGGCAGAGAGCAAGAAGUUCAGGUUGUGGAGAUAGAUGCAACCUUUGCGCGAACAUUGGGAAUAUCAGAUGGACAAAAAGUUACAGCAAGCAUACAUGUUGAUCCCCCUGUCGCCCAUACUAUUAAUAUUGAACCUUUGACGCCAGAAGAUUGGGAAAUUAUAGAAUUGCAUGCUACUUUCCUCGAGCUCAAUUUCAUAAAUCAAAUCCGCGCAUUACCCAAUCCAAGCUUCACCGCGCCCAAUGGACCCCAGCCAUCUUCCCAUCCUCUGACUUUGCACCUUUCGCCAACUUCCACAGCAAAUAUUAUAGUCACCUCUCUCCUUCCUUCUCCGCCUUCAAACGUUGCCUUCGCGAAAUUAGCACCCGACGCUGAGGUUAUUGUGGCCCCAAAAACAAGGUCCAGGCCAUCACGAUCUUCUGGCGAAAAUAGGAGUGUGUCAUCAAGAAAGAGUGUUGGCGGUCGGAGCGCUUCUAGUACAGUACGCCGAAAGAGUGGACGAAGUGAAGAACCGAGACCGGCUAUGUUUUACAGAGGAAUCGACAGAGCACUUUGCGGGGAGUGGUUCGAGGAAGAGAAAGAUUUGGACGAUGGAAGAUUGAAAAUUUGGGUUGAUGGAGAUGUACUUCUUUCCAAGUCUUUAAAGGGGAUUACUUGGGUCUGCGUCACUGUUAUCAAGCCUGCCACUUUACAAGAACCGGUUGACCCUCAACGACAACAACAAGAAAACGAGAAUACCGGUGUAGCCGGAAAGUCUGCAUCGAAGGUGGUAGCUAGGUUAAUGGCAUGGGAUGAUCCACCAGAUGGUAACCAUGUGGCUCUAUCCAGUUCACUUUGUGCCGCAAUGGCGUGUGAAAACAUGGUGGGGGGUGUGGUAAGACUUGAACCCGCUCCACCCCAAGCUUCGAAACCAACUUCUCAACCAUCGUCUAAAUCCGGUAUCCCGUACAUCAAGAUAUUUCCUUAUACAUCUACUACGGGAAAGGCGAGCGAAGGUCUUAAAUUUGGCGGUGAAUCAAAAGCCGAACGUGAAGAAGCUGCAAAAGCGAUCAUGAAAAUGUACAGUAAAAAUGGCUCUAAUGAUGGCAUUUUUGAGGGGCCAUUGACUGACGGCUUGGUACUCGGCAAGCCAUUAGGUUCUGAGUGCCCGUCAAGCUGGGAAGGUGGAAUGCUUCGUCUAGAACAAGCACAACCGGAGUCUGGAAAGCAACCUUGCAAUUGGUUCCUUGGUUCUGAACGAAAAUUCAGUCUCGAGGUUCAAGCCGCUAUCCCAAGACCCUUAGCCCUGGCAACAAAUGCGAUUGAAGGUAUUGAUGCAGAAGCUCCUGUUCUUGUAGGUAUCGAUAACCUCAUAGAACAACUACAAUCACAUCUUUCACACAUGUCUUCGGUACUACUCACUGGUGCAUUGGGAGCCGGCAAGACGUCAGUGGCGCGUCUCCUAGCACAUCGCUUACGGCAAGAUCGCAUGUUUCAUACAACGUAUUUUUCAUGUCGGAAACUUGUUACGGAUGAGGCACGUGUCUCAACCAUACGUGAAACAUUUAAUCGAAUUUUUAUGGGAGCCUCGUGGGGUGCAAGGAUUGGUGGAAAGUCCAUUGUGAUAUUGGAUGAUCUUGACAAGUUGUGUCCUGCGGAGACAGAGCUUGAAGUAGGCAACGAUAAUGCUCGAAGUAGGCUAAUUAGUGAGGGUUUGGUUUCAAUUGCCAGAGAAUACUUGAAAUGGGAUAGUGGCGUUGUUCUACUUGCAACCGCCCAGGCAAAAGAGUCAGUCCACAAUGUUAUAAUCGGUUGUCAUGUUGUGCGAGAAAUUGUCGCACUAAAAGCUCCGAACAAAGAAGGGCGGAGGAGAGUUAUGGAAAAAGUUGCAAUGCAGAAUGCGAUCACGGAGAUUAUCAAGAAACCAGUGGUAUCUAGCAGCCGUCCAAGCACAGCAAAUAAUAGUCAAAGAGAUAGUGAGAGCGAUUGGAUGGACGGCCCAAAUAUGGAAGGUUCAAGCAAACUGGAAGGCGAUGGUUAUAUCAUUGAUCAAGAUCUUGAUUUCCUAGAUCUAGCUGGCGAAACCGAUGGUUACAUGCCUGGAGACCUCGUCCUCCUGGUCGCACGAGCCAGGAGUGAAGCAAUGAUUCGGACAGUCUCGAGCUCGUUGAAAAACGCUGACAGUGGUUCUAUUCGACUCAGUAGAGAAGACUUUGACAGUGCUCUAAAAGGAUUUACACCAGCGUCCCUUCGAAAUGUCACCUUACAAACUUCCACUACAACCUUUGACUCGAUUGGAGGAUUGCAAGAGACCCGGAAGAUCCUACUUGAAACAUUACAAUACCCUACUACUUAUGCGCCAAUUUUUGCACAGUGCCCACUACGAUUACGAUCGGGACUCCUCUUGUAUGGGUUCCCAGGUUGUGGUAAAACUCUCCUUGCAAGUGCAGUUGCAGGAGAGUGCGGUCUGAACUUCAUUAGUGUCAAAGGACCUGAAAUUCUCAACAAAUACAUUGGUGCAUCUGAAAAGUCUGUUCGUGAUCUCUUUGAGCGAGCCGAAGCUGCUAGACCUUGUGUACUGUUCUUUGAUGAGUUCGAUUCCAUAGCUCCCAAGCGUGGUCAUGACUCCACUGGUGUUACCGAUCGAGUUGUCAAUCAAUUGUUAACACAAAUGGACGGUGCUGAAGGUUUGUCUGGAGUGUAUGUUCUUGCAGCUACUUCAAGACCAGAUCUAAUCGACCCUGCAUUGCUUCGUCCAGGUCGUUUGGACAAGUCCCUUAUAUGCGACCUUCCGAAUGUUGAUGAUCGUUUUGAUAUUCUCAAAGCACUAGGCAAGAAACUGAAAUUAUCUGAAGAAGUCCGAGACAGCCCCGAAGGGGGUCUCUUUGAGAUCGCUUGUAGGACUGAGGGCUAUUCCGGCGCAGAUCUCCAGGCUUUGAUAUCCAACGCACAACUUGAAGCCAUCCACGAUGUACUUGGUGAUCACGAAGAAAUAGAAGUUGGUGGAAAACGCAACGCUGCUAAAACAAAUGAGGCAUCUAGUGGACCUAGGAGUUUUGUACAGUUUCGCUACGGUGAAGAUGAAGAUCGGGCGGAAGCCGAGACACGAGCAAAGGCUGGUAAUAACCGCUCCAAACAGCUUGCUGAGAAAGCUGCCAUCACCGCCAAGUUGGAGGAGAUUAAAAAGGCAAAGAAGAGGGAGAAAUUAAGAGCAAAAGGUAUUGAUCCAAAUGAGGAUAAAGGAGAACAAAAAGAAGUGAAGAGUCAACAAGAAGUCACUAUUCUUUGGAAGCAUCUAGUAAAGAGCUUGGAAGGUACAAGACCAAGUAUUAGUGCAGAUGAGAGAAGACGAUUGCAGGGAAUCUAUAGGGAGUUUGUGGUGGGAAGGAGUGGAGAUAUGCCUAAUGGACAGGGAGGAACGGAAGUUGGUGGUAGAUCGAGUUUAAUGUAG